AAUAAAAUCAGUGAAAACGCAGCGAAACGCAACUACCGCAACUAUAGGAACACCCACAACUAAGGGAACACUUACCCUAUUUCGGUUCCGUUUUGGUGGAGUGUUGAGGCCAAGCGCAUUUAAUAAAUGGCUUGGCAUUUACGCGUUCGCUCGGAGUGGCAUUUACAGAUGCGAAGCAAAAUUAGUGAAAAAUAAGUUCCCAAGUGAAUCAUCCGGAGAUCCAAAGUCUAGAUCAAAAUAUUGUGAAUCUGAUAAGCAGAUAACAGUCGGGAACAGAAAGGGAAUUGAUUUGCCGCUCGGGGAAAUGUACUGUUUGCAAUGUUUGAUUCCGGUGCUGCUGAUUCCGAAGCCAACGAAUCCGGCCCUAAUGCAAACGCACGUAAUGUUUAUAGUGCUGUAUCUGAUCGGAUUCUUCCUGGAACGUAAACCGUGCACAAUCUGCAGUCUGGUCUUUCUGGCGGCUGUGUUUCUGAUCUGCAACAGCGGCGUCGGGAAUUGCCUGUUCUGGGGCAACUGCGAGGGUCACACUUGUGACAACGGCUAGUGCUCCCCCGAAUACAAACGACCAGACAUCGAACCGAAACCGGAAGAACGGGCUUGGAGGCAGAGGAGGCGCGGAGUUCCAAAGGUCCAACCUGCUGCAAACAACCGAAAUCCUCUGGUUCUAAUUUUACACUAAACUGUUGAAAGCUCUAAAGUAAGUGUUGUGUCCUAUUUUUAAACUACUAUUAACAAAUAACAAAACAAACCGAAUAAGUUACAUAUGUGAAUCGAUAACAAACGAAAUGAAGUGAGGAAAUUCAACCAAAGUGUGUGCAUUCUAGUUCCAUUUAUAUUUGUUUGUCUUUGUAGAAGUUCAAAACAAUAUCAGCAGAACGAUCGAGUUCUAUCCAAACCUUUUCAAAAGCCAUUGGAGUGGGAAGUUAACAUUCAUAGUUUCUAGUUGUUUUGUCGGUAGUUUUCUUCCACUCCCAUUUUUUUUUAUCUUUUUUUAAAUUCUAAAUUGUGAUAGGACGCAUAUUAAAACGAAUGAGGAAAAAACAGGUAUCUUUUUCGAACAUUUUGAUCAAUGCAAUAAAAAUCAAACGAGAGCUAACGCAGCAUCAAGAUGACGUAAAGCUACCAACGGAGUUUUUUUUUCUUCGAUUUUACAAUAUAAGUGUAGUGUGGUAUCGUGAUAAAGGUCACAGGUAGACUGUUCUAGUUGUUACUAUGUGAUAAAAAAAAGUUCGUAAACGUUUUUGACUGUGCAUAACUAAAUCAGCUGCUUAUAACAGCCAACAACAACCGGUUACUUCUCUUCCUUCCCCUUAUUCAACUGUAGACAUAUAAUCGAUACAAAUUUUUGAGCAGAAUGGAAUUAACCGACAAGAAAAAUCCCCGAUUUCCAUGUGUAAAUACUAGUGAACAUAAUCUUGUACUAUUUAUUUUUGUAUUAUCUUUGAACCUUAGGUUAGCGUGUUGAAAAAUUUGAAACCAAUAAUACACAACUACUAGGUAUAACGAAUUAGCAAUGAGAUAAAACGAAGAUAUGAAGAUGAAAUAAAACAGAAGCGCUGUAAAAUGAAUUGAA